GCCCACAGUGAAGCAAGCCAUCAGGGAGGUCACCCUCAUCAAACAAGUGUAACCUCUCGCUGUGGAGACCCUCAAUCCCAUCCAUUUGUCCCUCUCUCUCAGUGUCUCCCCCCCCCCCUCUCGGUGAGCUGGCGCCUCCCCCGUGUCCGCCAUCUUGCGGCCGGUGACUGACACUAUCUCGGCCCGGGAGAGUAGACUCGAGCAAGGAGCUCAUUCCUCCGGUGCCGCGCUGCCCGUACAACCCGCUGAUCACCGCCCGUGCCUGAUCUCGGUACCUACACACUAUCACCUCCCCCAGGCCGCAAGGCGGGAGCGCGGUGAGGGAUGUGCGGCCUCCGGACCGGGGGAUAAAGUUCCGCAAGGAAAUCUGGGUCACCUCUGUCCCGUGGAUUUGUGAACUGGAAUCAACAGAAAUGCAUCUGUGCAUGCAACCACACAUUUUCUUCUGAGACUCCACCUGUUUCUCUACAAGUCAGAAACUGACAGUCAUCAUGUUCUGGAAGUUUGAUCUGAACACGACCUCACAUGUAGACAAGCUCCUAGAUAAGGAGGAUGUAACUCUGCAGGAGCUAAUGGAGGAAGAUGACCUACUCCAAGAGUGCAAAGCCCAAAACCGGAGGCUGCUGGACUUUCUGUGCCAGCCACAGUGCAUGGAACAGCUUGUUCAGCUCAUCACACAGAAACCGCCCACUGACAUGGAAGAACGUGUCCGCUUUAAGUAUCCUAACAUAGCUUGUGAGCUGUUAACUUGUGACGUGCCACAGAUCAAUGACAAGCUGGGUGAAGACGAGAGCCUCUUAAACAUUUUGUACGACUUCCUACAGCAGGAACCUCCGCUCAACCCGCUGCUGGCCAGCUUCUUUAGCAAAACAAUUGGAAACUUGAUUGCAAGGAAAACUGAACAGGUUAUCGGGUUCCUGAGGAAGAAAGAGAAGUUCCUCACCCUUGUGCUCAUGCACAUAGGAACUUCAGCCAUGAUGGAUUUGCUUCUUCGUCUGAUCAGUUGUGUAGAGCCAGCCCCACUGCGGCAAGAAGUACUGAAUUGGCUGAAUGAGGAGAGACUUAUUCAGAGGUUGAUAGAUCUUAUCCAUUGCAGUCAAGAUGAGGAUCAACAGUCCAAUGCAUCCCAGACUCUGUGUGAUCUAAUUAGGCUGAGCAGGGAUCAGUGCAAUCAAAUGCAGGAAUCACUGGAGACAGAUCCCUUGCUAGUUACCCUGGAAUCGCAGCAAUGUGUAGAGCAGCUGUUACAUAAUAUGUUUAAUGGGGAGCAGACUGAAAGCUGUGUUGUAAGUGGAACACAGAUCCUGCUGACAUUAUUGGAGACCAGGAGACCAAGUGUGGAUCCUUUACUAGAUUCUCUUCCUCAAGGAUACGAGAGAACUCUUACUGUCAACAGCAGUAUUCUUCAGGGGAUUGAGCCAAGGCUAAAAGAUUUUCACAAUCUUCUCCAACACCCCCCCAAGAAAGAAUCUAUCCUGACCACAAUUGGUGUUCUGGAAGAACCUCUGGGAAAUGCUCGUCUCCACGUUACACGCCUCAUUGCGGCCUUGCUCCAUACCAACACACCCAGUAUUAACCAAGAGUUGUGCCAGCUUGGUACUAUGGACCUUUUACUUGACUUGUUCUUCAGGUACAGCUGGAAUAACUUCUUACACUUACAAGUGGAAUUGUGCAUAGCAUCCGUCCUGUCCCAUUGCUUGCAGGAAGGCAAGAGUGCCUCACAUACAGAAGAAAGGAAGGAGGAGGAAGAGGCCCUCAAUGGGAACACAGAUAAUUCUCAGACCUCUGUCCCAGAGCAGGAAGAUCUUAUGGUCACACAUCUCUUCCAGAAGUGCUGCUUAGUACAGAGGAUAUUGGAUGCUUGGGAAACCAAUGACAGAAUUCAGGCAGAAGGUGGGAGGAGGCGAGGAAAUAUGGGUCAUCUGACCCGCAUUGCCAAUACAGUCGUUCAAAAUAUGGAGAAGGGUCCAAUGCAGGCACAGAUCAGUGACUUCAUAACAGAUCUACCAGAGGACUGCAGGGGAAGAUGGGAAAGUUUUGUGGAAGAGACGUUGACAGAGACAAACCGCAGGAAUACUGUAGAUUUGAUUAGCACACAUCACCUGCACUCAUCCAGCGAGGAUGAAGAUAUUGAUAGCGCAUUUCCAAAUGAGCUGUCUGUGCAGCAGGCCUUCUCAGAUUACCAAAUACAACAGAUGACGGCUAACUUUGUUGAUCAGUUUGGCUUUAAUGAUGAAGAAUUUGCAGAGCAGGAGGACAAUAUCAACUCCUGUAUGGCUCCGUAUCAGCUUUUUCAAAUUCUAAGUAGACCCCACCAGCUGCAACACUCUGGUCUACAGUUCUACUCACAUCUUCAUAAAAAUGCUCCCUUUGACCGCAUUGCAGAGAUUAAUUUCAAUAUGGAAGCAGAUGAUGACAAUCCUAAUGCCACCCUGUUUGAAGCCUGUUGUAGUGAGCGCAUCCAGCAAUUUGAUGAUGAAGAGGAGGAUAUUUGGGAGGAAAAAGAAAUUGGUUAUGGUACUCAAGUCAAAUCUAGAAUGCGGUUUGGAGUAUCUCAGUCUUCAGAAGAUUCAUCACGUAGUGACAUGGACAAUGGAGAGCCAACUGGCAGCCCGGCAUCUGAUGAGGAGGAAGAUGUGGAGGAAGGACGUGAUGUAGAAACACCUCCAGCCCUUAGUCCAAUCAGCAGCAGUCCUCCCACACAGGAUCCCCCUCCUAAUUCUGAAGGCUGGACUGCUGUGUUUGAACCUGUGAAUUCCAAACCCCCAGCUCCCUGCGUAGCUCUGGAUGUGGGCUCCAAUGUAUGGGAUGCACCUGUCCCUGAGACAUCAACUCCGGAAGAAAAAGGAUGGGCCAAGUUUACAGACUUUCAGCCUUUCUGUUGCUCUGAGUCAGGGCCACGUUGCAGUUCUCCUGUGGAUACUGAAAGCAGUGGCUCAGAGGGACACACCAAACACAGUCAAGAUAAGUUUUUCAGUGCCACGUCUCCUUGUGCAUGGAACGUAUGUGUGGCCAGGAAGGCUCCAAUUGUUGGUUCAGACAGUGGUUCCUCUGGAGGUUCAGACAGCGAGGAAGAGGAGAAAACAAACAUUGUCACUGAAACCAUUAGCACAGGAGCUGGACAUGAGACCAUACGACUCACAAUGGACACCAAAAACGAGAAGGCCACAUUUAGCAGAGUCUUUACACCUGCUGGCCCCGAUGGCCUUGUCCUUGAUCAGCUGAAUAUCAAAGACACAAGAUCUGCAAAAGAACUUCAUUCCUGUAACACCAGCGAUGAGGCUCAGACCCAAGAACAGGGUGAAGCUUCCCAGUCUGCCACAAACACACAAUGCACGUGCAGGGACAAGAGCCGUGGAGAUCUUACCCUGACUCCUGAAACCACGCUAAAUGGGCCUGCGUGACACUGCUGGAAUUAGGAGCCACUCCUAGUCUGAGGCCGGACCUCUUACUCCCAGGGAACUGUGCACUAAUGCAGCCAUGUCUCAUUCUUUUAAAGACUUUUAUGUGAGUAAAACUGAGAGCAUGCUGCAAGGAAGAAAGGAAACAGGGGGAUAUUAACGUGGACAGAUUAGCAUUGGACAUUUUACUGACAAUUUGGAAAUGUAGCACUGGAUCUGUGUUUCGGAGCAAUUUCCCCCUGGAUGCUCUGUAACGGAUUACUGCCCAUUAAUAAGUAGCUUCUUCCAUGUGAUUCUGCUUCACCCCCUCCUUCUUGCUACAUAUGAUGCACAGAUCAUCUUGAACAAUGGAUGCGGGUGCAAAAGCUUCCUUUGCAACAAACACUUCCUUUUUGUUUUAGCAAUAAUCUUUCACAUUUUGUGGCAGUUACCCUGUCAUGCUUCAGCCUGCUUGCAUAUAUGUUUUUUUCCUAUCCGUGCACAGCAGGCACAAUGUGCAACAGCAUCCGUUAGCAUGUCUGACAUAGAGAGUUGACUGGUGUAUCUCUGUGCACUUUAAACUCUUACCUUUCAGGCGCAUUUUUUAGUGAAAUAUAAUACCCCCUUUUCCUCUUCAUGUUAAAGAGAAGAUCAGAGAUUGCAAAAUACUAAACACCUUAUAAGGUAAAGUAUAAAUGUAUAAUCCAUCAUUAAUGAUAUAGAUGGCGUAACGUGUCAGUCAGGUCCAUCUCGUGCAGCAAAACAUUGCAAGAACAUCAUAUCAUAAGGCCUUCAGUACCUUUCUACCUAGGAAACAAAUUAGUAGAGAGCUCUAUCUAUUUAAAAUUUUAUUUGUUUUACAUUUUAAUUCAAACUGCUGGAAAACUCUCAGGGUUUUAUUCACUAAUACAGU